CCGUGAGGCAGGUGGCCGCGAAGCCGGUGGCCGCGAAGCCGGUGGCCGCGAAGGUGCCGGUCGCGAAGGUGCCGGUCGCGAAGGAGGCGGCCGUGAGGGAGGUGGCCGCCGGGACUGGGGUGAUUCGUACUCGAGGCGCGACCGGCCGCGUGAUCGCGGCGAUCGUGGCGACCGCGACGGUGAUGACCGCGGCAAUGGGCGACGCGACCGAGGUGAUCGCAACGACCGAUUUGGCGGAGAGGAUCGCGGUGGAAGGGGCCGACGAGACGGAGGGGGCGGCGGCUGGGGCGGCGGUAGGGGAGGCAACCAACGCCAGAAGUCUCCUUCUCCCGUCGCAAAGCAGCGCGAGCCUACGCCAGACCUGGCUCCAUUCACCAAUAUCCAGAACCGCCCGCGCCGCAUGACACAGUGGGACAUCAAGCCGGCCGGAUAUGAGAACAUCACCGCUGAGCAGGCGAAGCUAUCAGGCAUGUUCCCUCUGCCUGGCGCUCCUCGCGCGGCGCCCAUGGAUCCCUCGAAGCUGGCUGCCUUCAUGAGCCCAUCUGCUGGCACGGCCUCAUCUGCCGCGCUUCAGACUGUCAACGCAAAGCAGGCGAAGCGUCUUUACAUUCACAACCUACCUUCUGGCGCCACAUCUGAGGAGAUCAUCGAGUUCUUCAACUUGCAGCUUAACGGCUUGAACGUCGUGUCUGGCAGUGAUCCAUGUACCUCCGCUCAGGUCGCAAGCAGCAACGAGUACGCACUCUUGGAAUUCAAGACUGCCGAGGAUGCGACUAUCGCUCUUGCCAUGAAUGGCAUUGCCAUGCGCGACAACGCUGCAGGCCCCGAUCAGACCGGUCUAUCUAUCCGCCGACCCAAGGACUACAUUACACCCACCCGAGAUGAGAACGCAUACUCCGGUGACGAGGUUUCGACCGACGUCAAGGACAGCCCUAACAAGCUCAGCAUCGUCAACAUUCCUCAAUACAUCGAGGAGGCGCAGGUCUACGAGCUGGUGGAGACGAUGGGCAAGCUCAACGCAUUUGUCUUGGUCAAGGACACGAGCACUGGCCAACACCGUGGCAUUGCCUUCUGCGAAUAUGUCGACAACGAGAUCGUUGACGCUGUCAUUGAGGGACUGAAUGAUAUCCCACUUGGUGACGGUCACUUGAAGGUUUCUCGCGCAACCGUUGGUCUGCAGCAGACCUCAGGUCUCGAUGGCGGUGUACAGGCCAUUACUGGACUGGCUGGUGCUGAGGCUACGAAGGAUCAUGAGCACAGCCGCGUCAUUUGCUUGAUGAACAUGGUCACCUCUGACGAACUGAUUAAUGAUGACGAGUAUGACGAAAUCAAAGAGGAUAUUGAAGAAGAAUGCGGCAAAUACGGCCCCAUCGUCGAGGUCAAGAUUCCUCGCCCGGCUGGAGCCCGCAUCAACCUCGGUGUUGGCAAGAUCUAUAUCAAGUACCAGGAUACCGACUCCGCACAAAAGGCCAUCAAGGCGCUUGCCGGCCGCCAGUUCUCCCGGAGGACAGUUGUUGCCACUGAGUUCUCGGAAGAGGGCUUCGACGUUGAGGCUUGGUAAAUGUUAUCACAGCGAGGGGAUGCCUUUUGAUUGCAGACGCGGCGUUUUCUUGGGUUUAAAAAGCAUUUGGUGCAUGUUGGCACAAACGCUUCAGACUGCUUUGUACACUAAUUUGAUCAUAAGCAAAAGCAAGCAUAGUGAACGAACGCGAGGUUUGGAGGCCGUAGGGACAUGCUCAAAUCUUUGAGUGCAUGGACGAGUAGAAUGGUCUUGUAUCUCAGGAUGUAUACGAUAUCUAUAACACAUCA